AUGUUGGACGAUCGUUUAAAUAAUACUUCCCACACAGUUUUCAUAUUGAAUGGGUUUCAGAGUCUGGGUAAAUGGAGGCCUGCACUUGUUGUUCCUUUUCUGCUCAUGCUCAUGUUGUCAAUUACUGGCAACACCAUUCUGUCAUCCAUAAUAAUGUCAAAAAGAAAUUUACACUCUCCAAUGUUUGUUCUUAUAGGGCUUAUGUCUGUGGCUGAUUUAAGUAUACCAAUAUUUGCUGUGCCCAAUAUGUUGUUUAGCUUCUCAUUUAACUGGAAUGCUAUAUCACUUAGUGGCUGCCUGAUACAAAUGUUUUUCAUUCUAUACUUUCAAUCAUUUCAGUCAACAAUCCUUUUAUGGAUGGCACUGGAUCGCUAUUUUGCAAUAUGCACACCUCUGUACUACCACAAACACAUGGCCUUCCCAAAUUUCCUUAAAUUCAUCAUUGUCCCUUGCCUGAGGAAUGCUCUCAUAAUAAUUUUGGUAAUAACCCUGGCUGGUUCACUGUCUUAUUGUCACAGCAAUGUGAUAGAUCAUUGUUUUUGUGAACAUAUGGCACUAGUUCAGCUGGCAUGUGGAGAUACCUCUAUUAACAGCCUUGUUGGACUCAUGGGUGCCUUGCUCAUACCAACAGUUGAUUUUGUGAUCAUUGUUGUGUCUUAUAUCAUCAUAUUUUCCACUGUUAUUAAGUCUGGACAAUCUCAUACAAAAGCUUUCAAUACAUGUAUCACACACAUAAUUGUUAUUUUUUUGUUAGUUAGUCUAACUCUUUUAUUAAUGGCUUUUAUGUCAUACCGGAUAAGAAACAACCUCUCAUCGAAUAGCCGUGUCUUUUUAAGUUUAUUGUAUUUACUUAUCCCAAGCUGUUUAAACCCAAUCAUUUACGGAGUGAGAACAAAAGAAAUAAGGCAACAGUUUCUCCAUGUCAUGAGGAAUGUGAGGAUUUUACCAAUAUCAGGAAAGCUCAUAAACAGUAUUUCAUAA